GAGUCAACAUGCUCUUGAAAGUUUUGUCUAAGGUUAACUAGAACUUAAGUGGGAUCGGUGUGACUUCUCCAGUCUUCUUGGAAACUUUCUCGACCAUGUUUGAUUCUAGAAAAUGGCAACUGUCACUGAUGCUGCUGCUGCUGCUAAUGUUGGUGAGGAUCAGAACCCUGGGGCAACUAGCUUGCCAACCUCUGUGGUCAACCCUGUUGUUACUCCUACUGUUCCAGGAGGACCGCUCAACUAUCAUGAGCACCUGGAGAAGUUUACUGAAGUGAAUUUCAAGAGGUGGCAGCAGAAGAUGUUGUUUUACCUGACUACUGUUAGUCUUGCGAGCUUUUUGAGUGAGGAUCCACCAGUCGUGGAGGAGAAUGAGCAAGACAAGCAAAAACUCAUGGCUUUAGAUACUUGGAAGCAGUUAGACUUUCUUUGCCUAAACUAUGUUCUGAAUGGCUUGGCCGAUUCAUUGUUCAACGUGUUUUAUGCCAAGAAGUCAGUAAAGGAGUUGUGGAAUGCUUUAGACAAGUACGAGACCGAGGAUGUUGGGGCAAAGAAAUUUGUCGUUGGCCGAUUUCUGGACUUCAAAAUGGUGGACUUAAAAACUGUCAUGAGAUUCAUGCAGAGUGAAUGUUCUUGAGUGAAUCAUUCUAGGUAACUGCGUUGAUUGAGAAGCUGCCUAACGGUUGGAAAGACUUCAAGAACUACUUAAAGCACAAGCGAAAGGAGAUGACAGUUGAAGAACUCGUUGUCAGGCUCCGAAUUAAGGAUGAUAAUAGGAAGAAAUAAGGGAGUACCUCCACUGUGACAGCAAACAUGGUUGAGCAUGGCCAGUCCUCGUGGGUGACGAAGAAGCCACCGACAGGCAAAAGCUCAAAUUUGGAGGCAAGAGACGGUGUCUCCAAAAGGCCAGUCUACAAGCCGCAUGAACCUACUUUUAGGUUCAAUGGAAAGUGCUUCAACUAUGAAAACGAUGGGCAUUGGGCGAUUGAUUGCCACAAGAAGAAGAAGCCUUACAAGAAGUACCCUCCACAGAACAAAAGUCGGGCUCCCAUGGCUGAAAUGGAGGAUCUGUCACAAGAUCAUCUAUCAGUUAUUGUCUCUGAGGUGAACAUGGUGGGGUCUAACCCGAAGGAAUAGUAGGUGGACACUGGGGCUACUCGCCACAUCUGUGCUGAGAAGAAGAUGUUCACAACUUUCGAAUUGGUUUCAAACGGUGAGAAGUUGUUCAUGAAAAAUUUUGCGACCUCAAUUGUUGAGGGUAAAGGCAUGGUGGCCCUGAAGAUGACUUUAGGAAAAGAGCUUACUCUGAACGAUAUCCUAUUUGUUAAGGAAAUUUGUAAGAACCUUGUCUCGGGGUCGCUCUUAAGCAAGCAUGGCUUCCGCAUGGUGUUUGAGUUUGAUAAGGUCGGGUUGACCAAGAGUGGGGUCUGUGUGGGGAAGGGAUAUAUAUAGGGUAGUAUGUGUAAGCUCAAUCUAAUGACUAUUAUCCCUAAAGUUAAUGAGAAAGCUUCUUCUUCUGCUUAUAUGCUUGAGUCCCCUGAAUUAUGGCAUUAUAGACUUGGUCAUGUGAAUUUUGACUUGUUGCGUAGAUUAAUUAAGUUAGAUCACAUACCAUCUUUUAAGAUUAAUCCAAAUCAUAAGUGUGAAACUUGUGUAGAAGCUAAAUUGAGAAGGACUUCCUUUCAUUCUGUUGAAAGAAGUACCGAAUCUUUAGAUUUAGUGUAUAGUGAUGUGUGUGACUUGAAAGUUGUACAAUCAUGUGGUGGCAACAAGUACUUCAUCACUUUUGUUGAUGAUUUGCACUAAGUACUAUUAUAUGUGUUUGCUUAAAAGCAAAGAUGAGCUGAUUGAUAAGUUUAUUCUUUUUAAGAAUGGAGUUGAGAAUCAACUAAACCGAAAGCUCAAAGCUUUAAGAAGUGAUCGUAGUGGAGAAUAUGAAUCGUCUUUUAUUGAGAUUUGUGCUUAAUUUGGAAUUAUUCACCAAACUACAACACCUUAUUCCCCUUAGUCAAAUGAUGUUGCUGAGCGAAAAAAUAGGACGUUGAAAGAAAUGAUGAAUGUAAUGUUGAUAAGUUUUGGGUUGUCACAGAACUUGUGGGGGGAAGCAAGUCUCUUCGCGAGUUACAUUCUAAAUAGAAUACCUCGGAAGAAAGUGGACAAGACUCCAUAUGAAUUAUGGAGAGGCCGCAAGCCUUCUUAUAAUUUCCUACGAAUGUGGGAGUGUCUUGCAAAAGUGGCAGUACCUACACCUAAGCGGAUUAGAAUAGGUCUGAAAACCAUGUAUUAUAUAUUCAUUGGUUAUGCACCAAUGUUUAGAAACUCGAACCGGAGCAGCUGGUCGGACCGGUCCUACUGGUAAUUGGGCCUUGUUUCAGCCCAAAAAACCCUCUAAACUCAGCUGAAGAGCAAAACCGCUGUAAAACAAAAGAGCUGGCAGACCCGGUGAGCGAACCGUCUAAACUAGCGACCUGGAAUGGGUUUUGAAACCCGGCCGGUUCAGUUGAAUAUAUAUAUAGCCCUCAAAAAAUCCCAAAUCCUAGGGCUAACAGAAGGGUUUCAGCUCUUCUCUCUCUUUCUCUUUUCUAGGUGUCGCCAUCGCCGGUUUUGGCUUCUCUUAAACUGUCACUUUCUCUUUGUCCAGCUCCAACAGCCAUAGAAUUUCGGCAGUGAACGGAGGACACAAAUCCGGUGUGCAAAAAUUUGUGAUUUGGUGAACUAGUUUUUUUUUUUGAACCCAUUUAAAUCUGUGUUUUGGGGAUGGCUUCCUGUACACAAAAAUCUGUGAUUUGGUGAGCAAAAAUCUGUGAUUUGGUAAAUGAAAAUCUAUUUGGUUUGGUGAACCCAAAUUCCAAUUAAACCUUUUUUUCUUUUCUCGGAUUGCUUACAUUUGUCACUGUUGUUGGCACGUAUACACGGGUAUAUUAUUCCUAUUCCUCUGAACCUCUUAUCUCAUGUGUAUAUAUAUAUAUAUAUAUAUGUGACUAUUAUGUGCGUGUUAAAUUUUGUUCUGUUUGGUCUUUGAUUUGAUUUUGUUUCACCUAUUAAUUUUUCUCUUUUUUUUUUUGG